CAUCGGACUGGGGUCGGGACUGCAGCCUCCUCGGAGAUCCACGCAGCCUCACCCUCUCGACACGGAGCCCCACGAGGGGGGGCCCAGUGGGGAGAUGCAGAACCUCCUGGGGCCCGCGUGCAUCUUCCUCCGGGGGGGCCUAGCCGAGGCCCUCAUCAAGGAGAGGGAACUUCGCCCCGAAGAGAUUGAAGAGCUGCGCGAGGCGUUCCGCGAGUUUGACCGCGACGGCGACGGUUUCAUGACGUGCCGCGACCUCGGCCUGUGCAUGCGGACCAUGGGCUUCAUGCCCACCGAGAUGGAGCUGCUGGAGCUCUCGCAGAGCAUCAACAUGACUCUGCACCGCAGUGCCCUGUAA